AUGCGGCUACGACCAGCAUUUUUAUGUGCUCCAAAAAUAAAAAAAUACUGCAGGAGUGGUAAUUAUCUCUGGUUGAACAGCGUCAAUCAAUGUCGUUUUAUUGCACAUGUUCCACUCGAUGACGAGAAAACUCACGUUGUUGUCCAACCAAUCACAGGAGCAUUUGUUGAUCAUCUUCGCGACAACACAUCGAAAUAUCAGAAUCGUAUAUCAGCUGUCUUUGACACAGUUUCUCAAACAGGAAGCAAUCAGGAUCAACGGUAG